UUUUUUUUUUUUUUUCUUUUUUUUUCAAUUUUAAUUUUUUUUUUUUUUUUCUUUUUCUAUUCUUAUUUUUUUACCUUUACUCCAUCCCGAGUAUCAUUACUGACGAUAACUUGUAAUACGCCGGUGCAGCUGGUUUUUGUGUCGAUAGGCCCCAGAACUUCAGAUUACGGGGGUUAUUAUUCAAUUGGUAUGGAAUAAUGCUGAGUGAGGGGGUCUCCGUGCCUCUUUCCUUUUUUGUAAUACUCAUCACUGCCUACAUUAGCCGUCAAACCUGGGACUGGUUGUUAAUAGAUGCGUGGCCCAAAGUAGGGCUACAUAUCACGAAGAUGAGAGCUGGACAGAUGAGCCCGUGUGUAGGUUAUAGCUUGUGUGAUGGUGGGUAUCGUGGACCAGGUUACUUAUAAUGUAUGUAGUUGGUAGAAAAGGUAAUAGAUCACGAGUCAGAUCAACACACCCCCACAGUUGGGGGAAAGGAACACGAGCCAAUCUCGGCCCCUGUGCAUGGUCCUCUCUACUAGUUAUCUAUCUGCUGCUAGUAUUCUGCACAGCAUACAUUUUAGUUGUGAGGUGUCAGAUGGUAACCCCGCGG